AUGGCCGAUUUCUUAUUGAGACCAAUUAAGCAACGUCAUAGAAACGAGGACAAGUACGUGUCGGUGGACGCUGCAGACGGAUCGGUGUCUAAAAUUGAGCCCAUCGCAGAUUUUGUAAUUAAGACAAAACUAUUAUCCGCUAAUGGGCCGGAAAAACUGCAAGAUGGCAGGAAGGUGUUCAUCAAUGUUUGUCACUCUCCGUUAGUGCCCAAACCUGAGGUCGAUUUUAAUGCAAGGAUAGUGUUCCCGCUCAUCAUCCAAAACGAAUGGGAGAUUCCUAUUAUUACAUCCUGCUACCGCAUGGACCAUGACAAGAAGGGGCAGGAGUGCUAUGUGUGGGAUUGCUGCAUAAAUAGCGAUUGCUCGCGCUGGAUAUGCGAUGAUAUCCAACUGCGAGAGAUACUGGUCGAAUGGUGCUUGGAGUCAUGUGAGAUCCGAGAUUCGGUGGUAUUGUGCAGAGAUCGCAUUGCAUUCCCCAAGAUGAAGAAGAAGGGCGCUGAGCUUCCUGCACUAGAGGUAUUGAAUGAUGAGUUACAUCAAGAUUACAAGGCAAAAAUGCAUAAAAUCAUAGAAGAGGAGGCCGGAGACCCGAUGAGUAUAUUGAGAGGAAGGAAUGACGAUGGCGAUGAUAAUAAUGAUCCCGACGAUGGAACACUACCACCAUUGUUCCCUAUCGAGAACAAAAUCUCCGGAGCCAAGAUAGAGGAGAUUGAUAAGAACGAGAUUGCUCACAGAAACCUGAAACAGGCACCUGCACCUGCACCUGCACCGCACGAGCAGCAGGAGGACGUGCCGGAAUACGAGGUAAAGAUGAAGAGGUUCAAAGGGGCCGCCUACAAGCUGCGAAUUCUUAUUGAGAACAAAGCUCCGAACUCGAAGCCGGACCGGUUCUCUCCGAGCUACAACUUCGCAGAGAAUAUUUUAUACAUUAACGGUAAGCUGAGCAUACCUUUGCCGCGCGACAUAGUCGUGAAUGCAGCAGAUAUCAAGAUUUUCCAUAUCCGCAAAGAACGCACACUAUAUAUAUAUAUAUAA